CACCACUAACCUGAAUAAUUUUGCAACAUUUUUCCGAUCAGCCGGCAGCUUCCGCUAAAUCCGCGAUUUAAAACAUGUUCAGAAUAUUUUGACGUCUUAUUUGCUAUGUCCAAGCGCGGCAAUAACAUAACCUACGUGAAACCGCAGGAACCCAGCUUCCUGGCCAAGCUGAAGGCGGAAAUUGGCUACAAAGAGGGACCAACCGUCGACACCAAGCGCCAACGAUUGGAAACGGAUCCUGAUCGGGAGGAUUACGACUCCGGUGAGGACGAAAAGCGACCGGAACGCGAGGACGAGCAGCCGCAGGUGGUGGUCCUCAAGCCCGGAGAUCUGUCCGCCGAAGAAGCCCAACUGGAGAAGCAGUUGGCCGCCAAAGAACUUGCCGAGAAGCGUGCGGAUCUGAAUCAACCGAUUGUCUUCAAGCAGCGUGUCAAGCAGCCCAACGUUGAGGCUGAUAAAUCCGAAUCCGGAACCAGCAAAAAGUCCGGUAAUAAACCGGAGAAUACCGGGAAGAAAUCCAAGAGCAAAAAGUCAAAGUCCGCCGCUACAACCAGUAAGCUCUCCUUCAACGAGGACGAAGAGGACGAGGCAGGAGAGGAUUAG